AUGAGCGAAGUUCAAAGAAAAUAUCACGAAGCUGACGUGGAAGUAGCCAAAAAAGACGGAUUAAUAUUAAUUAGAGAAAUGGCGGCAGAAGUUAAAAACAUGAUGGAUAUUAAAAUGAAUGCUGUUAUGAGAAUCAUGGAUUCGGCAGAACAAGCAGCUUUAUCACAAAAAUUUGAUCCAGGUCCUUCAAAUAAAUAUACGCAACGUUAUAAUGUUCAAAAUGGUAAAAACGUGGAUGGUUCGAGAAACAUGUUUUUAAAAUCUGACGAACGUUUCGAUCAUUUACCAGUAAAUGCUAAUUUUAGUUCAAUAUUUUUAUCACCCGGUGUUAAAGAAACUGAUCCCGAUGUUCAAAUGGGAAUACGUUGGUCUGAAUAUUUAGAUCUUUUAUUCGUUAAUAAUUAUGAAAUGGAUCCUUCUUUAUCUUGGCAAUAUUUCGGUAGUUCUUCUGGUUUUCUGCGGAGAUAUCCCGCAAUUAAAUGGCCACCCAAUGAAGGACUCCUUGAAAAAUAUCAAUUUCAUGACUUUAGAACAAGUUCGUGGUACAUUGAUGCUGCGACAAGCAGCAAAGAUAUUGUUAUAUUGGUAGAUUCAUCAAGUUCUAUGGGAGGAAAGAAAAAAGGCAUAGCUAAGGCUAUUGUUAAUAUUAUAUUAGAUACGUUAGGAAAUAACGAUUUUGUUAACAUUUAUCGUUUCUCAGAAUCGGCAACGGAAAUAGUUCCGUGUUUUAAGGAUGUUCUCGUUCAGGCAACCGCCGAAAAUAUUAGAGAGCUUAGAAUUGCUUUUGAUUUUGUGAAAUACGAAGGUUCUGCAAAUUUCACAUCAGCGUUAGUUACUGGAUUUGAAAUUUUGCACAGGUAUAAUAGGACAGGUCAAGGAUGUCAGUGUAACCAGGCCAUCAUGCUUAUCACAGAUGGUCCAUCUUCAAGUUAUAAAGAAAUUUUUAAACAAUACAAUUGGCCACACAUGCCCGUACGAAUGUUUACAUAUUUGGUCGGAAAAGACGGAAGUAAUCAAGAAGAUAUGAAUUGGAUGGCUUGUGCUAAUAAAGGAUAUUUUGCAAAAGUUCAAAAUUCAGAAGAUGCACAAGAAAAAGUUUUGCAAUACAUAGCAGUUCUUGCAAGGCCCAUGGUAUUAUAUCAACACGAUCACCCCGUACAGUGGACACCUGUUUAUGCUGGAAAUAAAUUUUUUAAUUCGAGAUCUACAGUGUCAGAAGAUGAUAAUUUAAUGACCUCCGUGUCUACCCCUAUUUUCGAUCGUCGUAAUUAUUCAGAGAAAACCGCUAAGUUGUUAGGGGUGGUAGGAACUGAUGUACCCAUAAGCCAAAUAAAAAAAUUGGUUCCUUCGUAUAAGUUAGGAGUUAAUGGGUAUUCAUUUAUUGUGGAUAAUAACGGUCACAUACUCUACCAUCCCGAUCUCCGUCCUUUGUUUCAGGAAGCUUUAAAGCCUAAUUAUAACAGUGUAGAUUUAGCUCAAGUUGAAUUAGUAGAUGGUGAAUCGGGUGCUCCAAUGAAAAAUCACACACUUUUAUUAGAUUUGAGACACGAAAUGAUCGAUCAAAAAGAAGGCGAAACUGAAUUAAGCGUUAUAAUUCAUUACGAUAACAUGAAACGUGUUAUGAGUCGUCGCCAUAGAUACUUUUACAAUGCCAUUGACGGUACACCGUUUUCCUUAGGGAUUGCUAUACCUGAAGGAUAUGGCAUGUACGAAGUUCUUGGCGAACAGGAAAUUAAACACAGCCCGGUUAACGUUUUAAAUUAUUUUCAAGGAUCCAAUUGGAAAAUUCAUCCCGAUUGGAUAUAUUGUGAGUACAAUUACCCAUCUGAUUUUGUUUUCGAAUCAGCUGAGGAAAAAUUGCUCCAUUUUUUGGAGAGAACUCACAAACCGGGCUGGAAAUGGAUGUCACUCAGACCGAGAUCUCCAGUUAAAGAACCCGGUUACGAUUGUGGAGCCUGA